AAUGAGAGAGAGCGGACAUUGUGAUAUCUCACAUGUCAAACAACAACAGUGAAAGACACGCGAGUGUUUGGACGCGUGGUUACCCUGUACGUUUCGGUUGCUGCAAAGAAGAAUCCAUUUUUGUUUGAUUACACCGCGCCUUUCCGUUCCACUGGCUGUAUUGCCGCCUUUGCGUGAUAGGACUGAACGACCACAGCCGGAUUUACAGCACAUUAGCGUUUGUGAUUAUGAGAAAUGAUUUGAAGUUAUCCUAAUUUCUUUGCGUGACUGUGUUUGUUCCGCAUGGCUGCAGCGAGAGCGACAGGAAAAAACAAAGAGCUCAACAGCGUCUGCGGAGCGCCUGUCUGCCUUCCACCGCGUGCAGUCGGCAGGAGCGAGGAAUGGAUGAGUGUCUUCUCUUUCCUUACCUAUCUUGAAAAAGUGCACCAUGAGGACUUGGGUCCUAAGACAAAGUAGGCUACAACCUGUACGUUAUCAAUAGCCCAUAUAUUUACCAUCUCCUCUUCUUUUUUACACGAAGUGCUGCUUCCUUGUUAGCUGUAAUAGUAAAAUGAAUCGUCGACUGACCAAUUAAAUCACAUUAAAACAAAAGACUUUCCUGGCCUGUUCCGCCUAUGUGACUGACAUUAAUGCUAACACUGUUAAUAGCGAAUGGGGGACGGUGUUGAGGGAGAGGGAACGGAUCGCCUCCCAUUCUUUAAAACAAACGGUUUAUCGCAUCUCCAAAAACGCAUAUUGUGCCAUCUAGAUAGAUUUGUAAUUGGAGGAUUUGAAAUCUUCACAGACCCACAACAUUGAAUUGCAGCGUACUAUUGCGACAAAUACAACAAAAUGGGCAGCGAAUGUGAGAUUUACAACCGAGAGCUGUCUAAGAUGUCUGACAAAGACUUGAUGGCCUUUUCCAAAGAGGAGCUAGUGGCCCGACUUCACAAAGAGGAGUCGGAGAAGAUGUCAGCUUUGAUACAGCGCGGACGACUGAUGAAGGAGGUCAACAAACAGUUGCAAGGACAUCUGCUCGAAAUUCGGGAGCUGAAAGCCGUCAAUCAGCAGCUUCAAGAAGAAAACCAAGAACUGCGCGACUUGUGCUGUUUUCUGGACGACGACAGACUUAAGGGAAAGAUGCUGUCUCGAGAGUGGCAGCUUUUCGGCCACCACACGGCCAAAGUGAUGCGAGAGGACCUCGGUGGGUACCUGAAGAAGCUGCGGGAGCUGGAGCGGCUGCAGGAUGGACUGGCGAAGGAUAAUCUGGACCUGAAGGAGCUGUGUUUGAUCCUAGAGGAAGAAUGUAUAAACAGAGGCGACUGUAGCCCUGGUGGCUCUGCGGAGCUCAGUUUGAUUGGCAUGGUCGCCCGGGAUUUGGGCGAUGGAAGCUCAAGCACCGGGAGCGUUGGUAGCCCAGAUCAGCUCCACCUGGUCUGCUCACCUGACGAAUGAACCGCACCGUUCCUCCGCCAGAGAGAGAGAGCGAGAGAGAGAGAGGGAGAGAG